UUUAUCACUGCGUUAUCCCCGUUAUCCCGGUCAGGCGUCAAGCGUGCCUGUUCAUAACGUGCUCUGGGUGGCAGGGCAGGACCAGGCAAACCGAGGCAGAUUCACACGGGGAUAGCCUACGCCGUAUUGGAAGUUGGACCGAGGCCCCGGUAUAGGCACCUGUUAACAACAUGUUAGGGGAAACGUUCAAAAACUUUUCUGUACAUUUCGUCACGCCUAAUCCCACAGGCGUUUUCCACAGAGGUGAGAUGGUCUCGGGUGAAAUGCGCUUUGAGCUUUCCGAUGAAGUCAAGAUUCAGAAAAUAACAAUGACUGUCAAGGGCAAAGUGAAGGUUCAUUGGACCACGGAGAGCAGAUCCGAAGAACACCGGCGUACGCAUUAUCACACAGGAAAAGUGGUUCUCUUUGAAAUGGAAAGGGUUGUUCUGCAACCACACGUUGGUGCAGAUGAACUCGUUCUACAACCGGGGCUUCACGUGUACCCCUUCUGCUGCCCACUUCCCCAAGGAGAUUUCCCAUCCACCUUUGAGGGGUUUUAUGGCAAGAUCUCCUAUGCAGUAAUCACAGGGAUUCACAGAGCAUGGCACAUGGAAAAAACAUUUACCUCAGAAUUCAAGUUUGAACGCUGGGUCAAUAUCGGUAUCCCUGAACUUUUGCUGCCCCUAUCGGCCAGCAACCGUAAGAACCUUGUCUGUUUCUGCUGUGUCUCAGGAGAGGUGUCUAUAGAUGCACAUAUGGAUAGAAAAGGCUACAUUCCUGGUGAAACUAUAAAAAUAACAGCUGAAUUUACAAACGGUACGUCCAGGAGUUUUGAACCCAAAGCAGAGCUUAAUCAGACAGUGACUUAUUACACCAAUGGAAGAGGCCAUCAUAAGAGAGAGUACAGGACCCUGUACAGCACCAGGGGGCAGACUUUGGGGCCCCACACCUCAGACGCUCGCCAUGAUCUGACGCUUACCAUCCCCAGCGAUGCUGACAUGACCCUGGAAGACUGCGAUAUCCUGACUAUCGAGUACAAAGUCCAGGUGAGUCUGAAGGUGGGAGUAUGCCCAGCACUGAAGGUGUUGUUUCCCAUCGUGAUUGGUAACUACCGUCCGCCGCCUCUAGAAGUCUUCCAGCCUCCUUCUUACAAUGCAGUGUUCUGAAUGUAAUGUGCAAAAAAAAACCAUAAAGGGCAUGAAUAGUUUGAA